AUGGGAGAACUUAAUUAUACUGCCACUCAUGGUAUAAUGCAAUUACUUCGGUAUCAACAAAACUAUCCUGCCUUAGGGACUGGACAAUUGGUCUUAGGAAAUCAAGCAAGAAAUCUUUUGGGACCUAUUCCUCAAGUAUUUGUAGAUUAUCAAGCAAUGUAUCAAAUUAAUAUCUUUGGUGACUAUCCACAUAAGAAAGACGUUAUACCCAGUGCCAUAUUUGUAGGUGUUUUUGCAUUUUUAUUCAUUUUACAUACAAUAAUCUUCAUUAUCAACAUGUCCAGAGGUCAUUAUUUUUGGAUCACAUUAACUUACAUAAUUUAUUGUGCUUUGAAGAUUAUUGGUUUCUCCUUAAGAAUUGUAUGGCAAAGAGAUUUAAGUAUUACAGCUAUUGGUUUAACAAGUGAAGUGAUGUUAAUCAUUCCUUCUAUUAUUCUUGUUUCAUUCAAUUUGAUUUUAGCUCAAAGAAUUUUCACUUGGAGACAUCCAGUUGGUGGUUCAAGAAAAUUAUUCUGGGGUGUUAUGUUGACACUUUAUGCUAUAGUGUUGGGGGUCGUUGCUAUGACCAUUAUGGCAGCUUUCUUCCCAUACAUUCAUCUUUUGUCGGAAGCUCAUUACAAACAAUUUAUAAAAGUCAACCAAACUUCUUCUGUUUUGGUUGUUUUGUAUACUUUAACAGCUAUUUCGUUAUUGGGGUUGUCAUAUUUCUUCAAACCUACUAGAAAAGAUGAAAACUUAUACACAUAUCAACCAUGGUGGAUUGAGUCAUUCCAUCCAUUUUAUUUUGUUCCAAAGAAUGCUGCCAAAAAUGCCGAAGAAACCUUUAUGAAGAGAAAUCAUAAUCAUAGACAUGCGGUAAGAGUCAUUGCAGCUACUCAUCAUCAUUACAACAUGGUUGAAGGGUUAACCAACCAAAGAGGUUCAUUGACCCAUAAUGUUUCAUUAACCAUUGUUUGUAUAUCCACAUUUGUGUUAUUCAUAGGUUCAUUAUUAAGAGCCGUACCAGUAUUUCAAGCUAGAUAUGCUAAAGACAGUUCAGCAUUCUGUAACCCUAUUGCCAUGUAUAUUAUAUGGGGUGCGGCUGAAGGACUCUUGGUUUUCAUUUAUGCUGUUGGUAGGGUUGAUUUAAGAUUUUAUAGACCUGAUAGAUUACCAGCCAAAGUGAGAUCAAUUAUCACCGCUGAACAAUCUGUCGAUCAAAGUUCAAUUGAUACCGAAGACGAAUAUUUUGAUGAUGAAAGUGAAUUCACCGACGAUUCAUCCAGAUUACCUAAAUAUGAAGAUGCUCAUGAAAGAGAAAAAGAAGAUAACGAGUCUGAAUUCCAUUUUUAA